CUGAGCGAUUUUGAUUUAGAAGUUCUGGAUGGCCUUCACACCUUCUACAACAAACCAAUGGAACUUUUAAUCAUUGCUGCCCCUGCGCUGGUCUCUCUCUCAUUGUGUCCAGUCGCCUUGUAUCUCUACAACCCAUUGGUCACAAUAUUUUGGCCCUUUCCGAAGUUCACAGCUCAACCUAACAUAAACGACGCCAUUGCGUGUUUCCUCGCCCCCGCUGGUCUGGUCUACGCGACAUCAUUCGGCUUUGCCUUUCAAUCAGCUUUGGCGAAACAGAGCGAGAUAGUGAGGAAGUUAUCACACGAAGUUGGAAUGUUGGACCAAAUUGUCACCCUGACCGCCAAGCUUUCUCUUCCGAAGAAGAUGCAGUUGGAAAUCUACCGGGCGAUCAAGGCCGAGGCUAUGUUCAUGGGGCUGCAGUUACAGCGAAAGCAACCAACUGAUUUCAUAAACAAGCCCAAGGAGAACGUAAAAGUGCGCAUUUGGAAGAUCGUGGAUAUUUUGAAGAGCAUCAAGAGCCGAAAUGAAUUUGAUGGCCACGUGAAUCAAGUGAUGGUGAGAGAGAUCAUUGCCCACAUCAUGUGCUUAAACAGCAUAUGCUCCGACAGGCUUGGUAUUCUGCACGUCCGGAUUCAUUGGCUCAAGUGGACGUUCCUGGAGACCCUGGGUUUCUUUUCCUUCUUUGGCGUCCUUCUCCUCGACACGAAAUCCCAGUCGAUGAAUCUAGCGAUGUGUAUCAUCACCGUGUUCUCCAUCAGCCUCCUCUGUUACGUGGUGUCGGAUUUUGACUCGCCUUUCAGCGGGUUCUUCAGGAUCGAGUUGGACGUGCUUUUGGACGUGGUGGACAGGAUCGCUGGCACAUUCAAUCAUGCUAAUAUGGGGGAGGAGGUUCACUGGACUUAUCCCGACAUUGCGGUUAAUGGCUGCGUUGGCUGUUUUUCUAAGUGAUAGUGUAUGACACCUGUCAGUCCUGCAGCCAGUUUUAAAAUUGUAAUUGCCUAUUAUUGAUUAUUACUAACAUUGGAUAUUUGACCAGUUUGUGUCUGGAUCAAACAGUCGGGCAUCAUAUGGCGCGCCAAUUAUAUA